UGUGCUUGAGCUAAGAAGGUCGUGAAUUUGGAUUAUUAUUAUCGAAUUGGAUUACUUCAAGCCAACCUUGUGCGCUAUUUCGACAUCAUGUCAACUGCUUUAGUUUCUGCUUUCUAUGAUGUUGGUGAUGUUCUUUGCCAGAAUCGCAAGAACAUUGUGGGUCACGUCGGAAAGAUGUCCAUCAACUAUGAUCGUAAGGUUGUGGGAGCCCCUGUCAACAGUUUCCCAAGGGCGCGUGGAUUUUCCACCAGCGCUAUUCCAUCUUCUCCAUCAAGUUCUGGCAAAAUCAGCCCUGCCAGUUCUAUGAGUUCUUCAGGAUCGAUUGGGUCGUUUACGAUGCCAUUCAACGUCAAUGAAAUGAUGAUGAAUCGGGAUUUGGGACUUUCCAAGAAGAUUGACCGCAGCAUGAGCGUAAACGACGCCACUGACAUCAGAAAUCGGGAUAACCAGAGGAAUAACAACAUCAAUUCGAGUCGUUAUAAAACUGAGCUGUGCAGACCUUUCGAGGAGAACGGACAUUGCAAAUACGGUGACAAAUGUCAGUUUGCUCAUGGCAUGCAUGAGCUUCGCAAUUUGGCCCGCCAUCCCAAGUACAAAACCGAACUGUGCCGUACCUACCACACCGUUGGUUUCUGUCCCUAUGGACCAAGGUGUCACUUCAUUCAUAAUGAAGACGAACGCAAGUUGAACCACAUCAACGAUUUGAAACAACCAGCGCCAAUGGGUCCACCAAUGCCGUGUCUGCAGUCCAUCUUGGAACUCCAAAACUUGCAGCGCCAGCAGCAGCAGCAGAAUCAGUGCUACCAGCCGAGCCUGCCACAACAAGUCAGCCAGCGACCAAGGGCCAUUGCUUACAACCAAUUGAGCUUGUCCCUUGGCUCCACUGCCGAUUCUCCGCCGUCCAGCAUGUCGGGCAGCCCAACUUCCAGUCCAACUUUCUUCGAGGAUUAUCGCCAGCAACAGCAGCAGCAGCCAACUAGCAAUACGGUGAAUGCCAAGUUUUCAACGUCCAUUCCAUCUUCAGCUCCUCCUGCUAGUGGUACUGUCUUCAAUUUCACCAACAUCUCCAAUGAACUGACCACAAUUUAUGCUCCUUUGGAUGUGCAAACUACCCAACAACUUGGUCUUAGUUCUAGUGCUAACCAUGGCGUUUACAUCAUAAACCAGCGCAAUAACAAUGACUCAGUAUACCGAGAUGAUGUGUUCAAUUCACCACCAUCGCCACCAGACUCGCUUUCUGGUGACUCUGUUUCCAGCCUACCCUCCUCAUGUGGUGGCUCACCCAGGAACACGUCAGCGAUUAGACUGCCCAUCUUCAGAAGGAUCUCUGUCGAUGACAAGUAGAGAACACCACCCGAAAUCCUUAUAAAGGGACUUGUACUUAGGGAUUAUAAGUUAUUUGUAUAUGAAGUUUUAUAUAUUAUUAUAUUUAAAAAGCAGUAUUUUAAUACAGUGACAUUUACUGGGCGAAAUCUUUGAGAACAAGUUGUAAUAUGUGUAAUUUCUAUUGAGAAUUAUUUAUUUUGAUACACGUGAACAACGCAAGCUUCAAUUCAACAGAAUUAAAGAUUGCAUGUUCGCCACAAAGUGGCAACUGAACUCGCUGCUGCUGAAGUUGAGCGCAGAUUUUCUAACCACUUUUUGUAUAGCCAUGUAAAUUCUGUACAUAUGUAUAAUAUAGUUUUUGAAGUUUUCUUGAUGACUGUGCCUUUAAAGCACACUGAAGUCCCAAAUAUUUGUUUGUGGGCCCAGUGCCACUGUCUUCCAAUGGUUCCCAAAUUGGGAUUCCUGUAAAGUGUUGAAGGGGUGCCUGUAAAUAAUUGAUGACCAAGUAGGAAACAAAAAUCAACAUAUUUUUAUAAUUAUAGAGUAAUUAGUUAUAGUUCAUUAGAAAUAAUCUAUGCAAAUCACAAGUCUAAUUUUCUGAAAAAAUCAUGUGAUUAAUGAGUCUAGAAUAGGAAUCCCUUGGUGUUAGAAAUAGUAUUUAGAUGACAAGUUCUGUCAGUUUUCUUUGCUUCAAUCUUUUGCAAUUCUUUUCAUAUUUACCCAGUUUGAAAUGGGUCAAAUUCGGUUUCUUACUUAAUGAUUAUUAUUAUUGUGAUAGAUAGAUGUUAUAACUGUGUUUGCCUCUGCCAAGCUCUUUCUAGAAGUCUGAGUCACUGCCAAGUAACCGUAAAAUUUGUGUUGUGGAUCUUUUUAACUGAGUCUUGUACUCCUAUUUGAAAAUCCCAUGUGGGUCUACCCGUGAAGGUAUUGUAACCAUUUCCAUUUUGUUAAUAAGACUAAAAGUGUAAUCAGUUGACUGUUAAGACUAUUGAUGUACGAAUUGUGCUGAUAAAAUCUUGAUUUGUGCAAUCGCAAACUUCCAUAAGUCUAACAUGCUCAACUUUUCUAAUGAGAACUUUAACUUCCAUCAAAAUGUUCAACUCUACCAAAAUUCAAUGCAAAAUUUGGAUUUUGUUUCCCACUCCCUUGUGUUCCCCAUUCCAAUAUUUGAAUAAUUCAUAUUUUACAGGUAGUCCCAUAUUAUUUGGACAGAUUAACUUUUUAAUUUUAUUUAUUUGAAUUUGGAACUAUUAAAUCAUUGCAUUUGGUAAGUUUAUAUACCCAGUAUUUAUAUGAACGCAGAUAGAAUAGUGUAUAAUAUUAAUAUUCUUCCUUUUAUGUUAAAUUAUGACAGAAAUCACCAAAGAUAAUAUAACAUGCAGAGAAAGUGAGAGGUAGAGUGAAUUAAGUUGAUGGAGACCGUUCAAUUGCAUUUAUGUUUUAAUCGCAUGUUUGCUAUCUCACUGUGUAUACCAUUAUAUUUAUAUGAUCAUCAUUUCAUAAAAUUGAGAAAACAUUGCGAAAAGUUUGUAAAA